AUGUCGUACCUGAAAGUAAUGAUCAUAUGGAACAUACUUUGCAUAUCCCUGGUGCUCCUUUCACUGUCCUUGAUUCAAGAAGUGUCUUCUCAAGGACUCUCCUGUGAAGGACGGUGCUUUGAAGCCUUCGAGAGAGGACGACAGUGUGACUGUGAUGCCGACUGCGAACGAUACGGCAAAUGCUGUCCAGACUAUGCCAAACACUGCAAAGAGGUACACACAGAAAAGCCAACCCCGGAGACGCCCCCAGAAAACAAAUCAACAUCUAAAAGGUCAUCCACCGAUGAGGAAAAGCCACCAGAGGAAGCUGCGGAAGAUCCUGGCACUGGACUGGAAAACCCAGAGACCACUCCUGCUCCAACUACAGAACCAGCAGAGACAACCCCUGCAGCCACAGAUCCUCCGACUACCCAGACAGAGCCGCCCACCACCCCAAAGGAACCAGUGACUGAAGAAGACCCUCCCACCACGGAGAAGCCAGAAGAUAUGACCCCAGAUGCCACAGAGGAACCAGUGACUGAAGUGGACUCUACCAACAUCCCCCCAACAGAAGACGCAACUCCUGAGGCCACCGAGAUAUAG